CCCCGCUGACCGAGAACGUGUGUGCGUGUGCAACUGUUGGCGUUUACCGCUGUCGUUUGGCUGACGUGCGCGCACCCGGGGGAUGGUAAAAGCGAAAAAGUGAACACGGCUCUCCGUUAGUAAGCGGACAGUUUUCGUUAAGUAAACAACCAACUUCGGUCCGCGCGCGCACACACUCGCUGCCUUCGGGACAUUAAAAUUCGCAGUGUGGUGUCCAAAAGGGAGCAGAUCCGGCACCCAGAGAUCGUGUUGGGGGAUAUUCGUUUGGGUAAUUUUUUGAAAGUUUUGGGGGAUUUUUAUUCAAAUGUGCAUAUGCUUACUGUGAAAUAAAUAUUGGCAACUUUUGAUGUUUUUUUGUGAGUGUGUGAGGUGUGAAAGUGUGUGAAAAGUUGAAAGAAUUAUCGAAAAACCAAACAAAACCGAGUCGUCUCAACAGAAAAUAUAACGCUUGAAGCUGAUUAGAGUGAUAUUUGGCUGAAAAGUUAGUUAAAGUGAAUAAUAAAUACGUGGAACAAAAGUGUACUAUUACCAAUUCCGGAUGGUACUAAUUACAUAGAGAUUUAUGAAUUUCUUAUAUUGCUGAAAUUUUGAAACAAUAAUUCAAAAAUUUCCCUCAACCAGUACGUGGCGCUGGGAUAAAGCUUUACCGACAGCAACACAUUUGUUGAGAGAGAAUUGAAAACCCUGUGGAAAUAAUGUGUGCAGUGGUUGUGAUUAGUGCAUAGUGUGAAUUUAGUGCUUUAUUGCCACUGAGUGCCUGCCGAUAUACGACUGCACCGUAUCCUGCAGCGCACUUCAGCGGUGGUGGUGGUGACAAGAAUUGCUUCAAAAAUUUCAACGAUUCUUAUUGGAAGUGAAAUCGACUACAUGUUGGCGACAACCGCCAACAGUGACAUGGCGCCGCCAGACGGGCCCAUGCAGUACGACUCGAAAUGGUCACCGAUGAACAUUAUCAGCAUGCCGACCAAGAUCAAGCAAGAGGGCUUCAACGUAUUAAGUCAUCUAGACGUGUACCACCCGCUUGCAGUAUCGCUCCCAGCGUACGAUCAGGUGAAAUCUUCAUCGCCCUCCUCCCUGCAGCAGCUGCCGACCGUGAUCGAGCGGCUGCACGAGGAAACGGGAAGCUCACCGGACCAUCAACAUCAGCAUCUUGCACAGCAGCAGCAUCAGCAACAACACCAGCAACACCAGCAGCAGCAGCAGCAGCAGCAACAACAACUGCAUCAUAACAUCGGUUCGUUGGCGCUAUCAUCCUCCAAACCGUCCAGCCAGGGUCCGGAUGAGCUGCCGAGCAAUAGCUUAGCACCGGAUGAACUGCACGGUGGCCAGAUACCGACAACGCUUCCCCAACCCAACUCCACUAACAACAAUAACAACAACCACACGCCAAACCAGAAUCAGACCACGAGCAACCAGAGCUCCACAAACUCUACCACCAGCAAUGGUGGUGCGUCGACGGUCAGCAACAGCAGUACGACUAACAGCAGCAGUCUAUCCACAUACGAUUGCAGCUCCACCACAAGUCCGACGGGCAGCCGGAACUCGAACGUGAAGCCACCGUACAGUUAUGUGGCGUUAAUUGCAAUGGCGAUACAGAGCUCACAGAUGAAGCGUGCAACGUUGAGUGAAAUCUACGGUUACAUCACCUCCCGGUUUCCGUACUACGAGAAGAACAAGAAGGGCUGGCAGAACUCGAUCCGCCACAAUCUCAGCCUGAACGAGUGCUUCGUGAAGAUCCCGCGGGAGGGCGGUGGCGAGCGGAAGGGCAACUACUGGACGCUUGACCCGCAGUACGAGGACAUGUUCGAGAAUGGCAACUACAAGCGUCGCCGACGGAUGAAGCGCCCGUACCGGACUGGACACUACUCGAAAAUGUUCGGCGACUCGUACGUGACCAACCCGGGCAACUUUGGCCAUCGGCCGGUGUUUGCGCAGAAUCCCUAUCAGACCUAUCCACGCUACGAUGCCGGCGCACCCUGGAUGCCGACGACGCAGCUGAGCAGCUACACGUCCUGUUCGAGCCGUACGAACUACACCUACUCAGCACCGUAUAAUUUUUCGCAGCUCCAACAGUCGGUACAACCGGUAACGAUCAACACGUACGGAUCGCUGUCCAACAAUCUAGACACUUUCGCCGUUUCGGGCAGCACAACACCUCCCUGCGCACGGCGGUUCGAGCCACACUAUCCCUAUUGGGACACGACCUUACCUUUGCCGGUGGUUAAAGACGAACCGACGAAUCAGAUGAGCGUAUCCUCAUCGCAACAGAACUCCUACCAGAAGUCGUACCUGUCCCAACCCUAACGGCUAAUCGGUAACGUCGGUGACGUUCUCUCCAAUCCCCCGAGCAGUAGUCUGAUGGCCGAUACGGACUCCACCAGCAACAACGACAGCUUCAUGCGUAACCUGUGGCAACUGUCGUCAGCGUACCAUCGCCGGCGUUUGCUGGAUUAAGGUAGCUAGACGCGCCGCACGUCUGUGGAAAGCUUCUAAAGCACUAUCUAUUAUUACUGAACAGACACGAUCACUCAAAGUAGGAAAACAGUAGCAAGUGAAUGCUAUUGUUGUGUAUGUCUUUUAUGCUGUGUAAAUUUGCUUUUUUCGGUUCUCUUCUUAGGUAUCAUUUAUUUGUCUAACGCCUUUCAGAUAGAUGCAUAUAAGCUCGCUUUGUUUAGAUCAGGAAUGUCCAUUUGAUCUGUUUUCUUUGUAUUUAUCAACUCGUAACACAAAUCGAUGCUACUAUCUGUAUCCUCCAGCAAAGCAAGAUGCUAACUGUACCAAACCAAACUCAAACUCCUCAGACACAUUGGAGGCUCGGAUCUGAAGACAAGGGAAGCAUGAAAUUUACCGUCCAAAAUUUGCUAAUGCAUAGUCGAAAGUUAAAACGAGGCAUUUGUUUUUAUUUUGCUUAGGAAAAACAAAAAGAAAAAAGGGGUAGCAAAUGGUUUUAAGGACAAGUAACGUAUAUUUGUAGUAACUCUUAGGAUUAUGACUCUGCAGCAACUACACACAAACACUCUGUACAGCCAUCAACAAUCAAUGUGUGCGCAUUGUAAGCGUAAUGUAGAGAAUAAAGUACUGUCAAACAAAUAAA